ACAUGAAGAAGAACAUCGACGUCGUGAAGAAGAGAUGUUACGCCAGAGGGAACAGGAGGAAUUACGACGACAGCAGGAUGGAGGAUUUAAGCCAAAUUUCAUGGACAAUAGAGAACAGGAAAUGAGAAUGGGUGAUAUGGGUCCUCGUGGAGCAAUAAACAUGGGAGAUGCGUUUAGCCCAGCACCUGCUGGUAACCAAGGCCCUCCUCCAAUGAUGGGUAUGAAUAUGAACAACAGAGGAACUUUACCUGGCCCUGCAAUGGGUCCUGGUCCUUCCAUGGGACCAGAAGGAGCUGCAAAUAUGGGAACACCAAUGAUGCCAGAUAAUGGAACAGUGCAUAAUGAGAGAUUCCCUCAAGGAGGUCCAUCACAGAUGGGUUCGCCUCUGGUUAGUAGAACGGGCUCUGAAACUCCUCAGCCGCCAAUGAGUGGUGUAGGUGCCGUCAGUGGUGGACCUGGUGGCUUUGGUAGAGGAAACCCAGGGGGCAACUUUGAAGGACCUAACAAGCGUCGCAGAUACUAAAACUUACUUCAUUCCUUACUGUUUAGAAAUUCCAGUAAAACUAUACAGUGAUAUGCCUUUAUAAUUUUAGCUGUUAUCUGGAAACGGUUUUAUUGUUAUUGUAGUCUUUAAAACAGUUUCUUUUGUAAAACUUUUUUUGUAUUCGGUCAUAGGCUUUGUAGUAUAGAGCAGAAAUGAUGCGGAUCAUUAUGUAAGGCAAUGUGUUUGUGACUAGCAAAAUACAAUGUGUGACUAUGCUGUAAAACAUGCAGUUAUCUGAUUACAAUAAAAUAUAAAAAUCACU